CGAGCUUCGAACCCGCCGUUAGUGCGGUCCUUUCCUUCUUUUAUUCCGGCAAGAAGUCGCCAGCAUGGGCAAGCCUCGCGGAUUGCGCACGGCCAGGAAGCACCGCAGCCACCGCCGCGAGCAGCGGUGGCACGACAAGGACUACAAGAAGGCCCACCUGGGCACCCGGUGGAAGGCCAACCCUUUCGGAGGCGCCUCGCACGCCAAGGGCAUCGUGCUCGAGAAAGUAGGCGUGGAAGCCAAGCAGCCCAACUCGGCCAUCCGCAAGUGCGUCCGAGUCCAGCUCAUCAAGAACGGCAAGAAGAUCACAGCCUUCGUGCCCCGCGACGGCUGUCUCAACUACAUUGAGGAGAAUGACGAGGUGCUGGUGGCAGGAUUCGGCCGUAAGGGCCACGCCGUAGGAGACAUUCCCGGCGUGCGCUUCAAGGUGGUCAAAGUGGCCAACGUCUCCCUGCUGGCCCUCUACAAGGAGAAGAAGGAGCGCCCUCGCUCAUAGGCCCCAAUAAACAUCCCCUCUCAUCCGA